UUCGAGUUUUUGCUGCAAUUUACAAGGAGCAGGCCCUUCACGCAGUCGCAGCGUAACUACAGGAUCCCUCCAGGGGUUUACCUUCCAGUGGCUCAGGAGGCUCAACUCCCUUCUGUGUCCUUUUAGCUCUGGAAACUACAUUACCCAGAAGACGUUGCGCUGAGUUGAGGCAAUGACACAUCAGGAUGAAAGAGUUGCCUAGAGAGCUCCUGGACUGGAGGCGGGACUUCCGGCCUCUUUCUGCAGCCGUCCAUAUUUGCAGGUUGGCCUCUGGAUUCUGGCGCCAGAGCCCCUUUUCAGGUAACAAAGCGGGAAGCCGCCAGAGGCGUCGUCCUCCGCGCACGGGUCCGAGGCUGGGUCGCGCCCCAGUGACCAGCGCCGGGGGCCGGGAAAGGGACCGUCAAGUUCACGCCGGCUCCCCGCAGAGUCUGAUGGCGGCGGCCGCGAGGCGUCCAGCUGAGGCCAGGGUGACCUUGGAGGAUGUGGCCGUGCAUUUCUCGCGGGAAGAAUGGAGGCUGGUGGACGAGGCUCAGAGACGCCUGUACCUGCGUGUGAUGCUGGAGAACUUUGCCCUUGUGUCCUCUCUGGGUUGCUGCUGUGGAGCCGACGAUGCGGCAGCACCCGGCGAACAGAGGGUUUCUGUGGGCGCGUCGCAGGGGAAGAAUCCCAGGGCAGCCGCGUCUUCCCGGAAGAGACACCCCUGUGAGCGUUGCGGGCCGGUCUUGAGGGACAUUUUCCACUUGGUCGAGCAGCAGGGGACGCCACACAGCCAGAAGCUGCUGAGGUGCGGGGCGUGCGCAAAACGGUUCUAUUUCCGUGUAAACUGUGACCAGCCUAAGGCGCAGCCCGUGGGAGAGGAACCCCUCGGAAGUGGUGCGGACACGGCCUCAUUCGGGAGGAGCUGCAGCACCCACAGGUCAGGGAAGACCUUUACCCCUGAGCAGGGUGGGACGGACGUCCUGCCCAGCGUGGGGCGUCUGCAGCAGCAGCUGACUCAGACCAGGGAGAAGCCAAACAAAGUCACCCCGUUUCACACCGGAGGAAAGCCUUAUAAGUGUAACUCCUGUGCCAAGUCGUUUACCUCUGUUGCUGGCCUCAGUUAUCAUCAGAGCGCUCACACGGGAAAAAGGCCUCACGUGUGCCGUGAAUGUGGGAAGUCUUACAUCACUCCCACGGCCCUUCGCUAUCAUCAUCGAGUCCACACUGGAGAAAGGUCCUACGACUGCAGCGAGUGCGGGAAAUCCUUCAAUAACCGGUGGAAACUCGUGCGACACCAGAGGAUUCACACGGGAGAAAAGCCUUACGCGUGCGGCACGUGUGGCAAGUCUUUCACUAACAGCUUCACCCUUCGGUAUCACGAGCAGGGCCACCUGGGAACGAGGCCUUACGAGUGCAGCGAGUGCCGGAAAUCGUUCACCACGAGCUCCGGCCUCCGUUACCAUCUCAGCAUUCACACUGGAACCAGACCGUACACAUGCAGCGAGUGUGGGAAGUCUUUUAUCUGUCGAUCCACCUACCAGUCCCACCAGAAAACUCACUCGGGAGAAAAGCCCUAUGCGUGCAGUGACUGUGGGAAAUCCUUCACCCGUAGGAGCAGCCUCCUCUAUCAUCAGAGGGUUCACACGGGAGAAAGGCCCUUUGAGUGCCGUGAAUGUGGGAAAUCUUUUACCAGGAUCUACGCCCUUCAUUGCCACGAGAGAGUUCACACGGGAGAAAGGCCUUACGAGUGCAGCGAGUGUGGGAAGUCCUUUCCCACAAGCAGCAGCCUUGGAAAACAUCGGAAAGUUCACCCGGGAGGAAGGCCUUGUGAGCGCGGCGAGGCUGGGAAAUCUUUCGCCAGCGGCGACCUCUUCCGUUACCACCCGAGAGUUCACGCAAGAGAAAAGCCUUUCAAAUGCAGCCAGUGCGGGAAGUCUUUCUCCUCUGGUUCCUCCCUCCGUUACCAUCAGCGAGUCCACACGGGAGAAAGGCCUUACGCGUGCAGUGAAUGUGGGAAGACCUUUAUCUAUAGCGCCAAACUCCGUUACCAUCAGCGAGUCCACACGGGCGAAAGGCCUUACAAGUGCAGCGAAUGUGGGAAAUCUUUUAUCUACAGUUCCAAACUCCGUUACCAUCAGCGAGUUCACACGAGCGAAAAACCUUACACGUGUGGCGAAUGUGGGAAAUCGUUUAUCUAUAGUUCUACGUUUCGUUACCACCAGAGAGUCCACACUGGUGAGAGGCCUUACAAGUGCAGUGAAUGUGGGAAAUCUUUUAUCUAUGGCUCCAAACUCCGUUACCAUCAGCGAGUUCACACUGCGGAGAGGCCUUAAAUGUCCUGGGAAUGAGCAAUGUCCUGCUCAGUGUCACAACACUGGAGGAAACAUUUUGGGGAGUCCUUUGUCUGAAUUGAAACUCCUUUAUCUGAAUAUGCACAGUGGGGAGAUUCCCCGUAAGUUUUAUCGAUGUAGGAAGUGUGUGUGUGUGUAAGUAUUUUACUCGUUCCGACUUUCCCAGGGCUGCUUCUCGGUUUGCGGUGCUCCUAGAUUCUGAGGCUCAUUCCUGCCCCCUUUCCCACCUGGCAGGUCCACAGACUUGGCGAUAGUCAACACCCCAAUGUGCUUAUGGAAGCUGACCUCCAUAUUGUGGCAAAAUAUCCAGGGGUCAGCUUUCCUGUUAUGACUAAUUAGGACAUGGACAAGCUGCAAUAAUGAAUUGGAGCUUGCAGAGCAAUGACUGCGUGUUCCCAGGGCGUGUUCAUCGAGGGUGAUCAUUUGUGAUGAGAUAUCCCACCUUCCAGUUUAUGAUCUUGGAACUGUCUGCUGCUCAUGACUUUGGCUUAUACAAUAAUUGAGAAUUUACUCUUUUUAAAAAAUAUAUAUAUUUU